AUGGGCAACUGCUUCUCGUCCAAGAAACAAGGCCAGGUGCUCGGCUCCGGCCCGCCCAGCGCUGGAGCCAGCGCCGGUGCCAGCGCCCCCAGCGUGGGGGGCACGCCUGUCUCGCCCUCUGGGAACACAAUAGGCGGUAGCGGAAACCCGGACGACCCGCGCGCCGCGGCGCUGCGAGCGGCAGAGGCGAGGGCUCAGGCUGCCGGCAACCGCGGUGUGUCGCCGACAAACGCAAAGGCAGGUCAGCUCUCGCAGAAGCUGGCGAUGGAGCGACGGACCUCGUCGACUGCCAACGUCAAGGGCAACCCGAACGAGCGCAUGAUGGUGAGCUGCUUGGAAUGUGAGAUCGGAGCUGACAUCAGGAUGCCGGCCAGUGGAACUAGUUUAUCCGGUGGUUUCGUUCUCAUCUCUCUCGUUCUCUUCGGCAAAGCGCCGCGUAUCUAA